GGGGGGGGGGGUCCGGCUUCACCGAUGAGGAGGGGUUUCCGGGUCCGGACCCUACGGGUUCAGUUAGUGGCCGGUACCUCCUUGUCCCCUGUCUGCGGGGCCUCGGAGCGGAGUCUGAGCCCCAGCCCCGCCGCCUCUCGGGUCCGCUCCCCUUUCCCACAGUCUCCAGGCGUGAGGUUAGAGACCCAGGGGCUAGGACUGAGCCCUGGAUACCUAGGACAAACCACCAGAGAUCCUGUUGUCUUUCCCACAAGCAGGAUUUUAAAUGUUACAACCUGGUGUGAGCGCCCAGCAAUAGUGAAGAGAAGAACUGUGGGUCCUGGAAAUGUGGACACAAAGGAAGCUUCUGAAGGGAGAGGGCAUGAGAAGGUGACUGCUCAGAACUACUUAGAUCCUUUCAACACCAAGAAGUUGGAUAUUAACAGUGUGACUACUGAGAACAAAUCAUCUGAUUCUGUUUAGCUACUUCCUCACUGGAUUGAGUUUCCCUUCCUUACCUGCCUGAGCAGAAGAACAGGGGUCCUUUGACAUUUUUUCCCUCUCUGUACAGUUGACUUCAGGGUUUUCAUCUUGUUCAAUUUCCUUCCUCUGUGUCACAUUUUUUAAGUGAGAGUUCCUGCUGAACACCUAGAGGAGAGCUGAGGUCAGAUGAUGGCAUCCAAGUUUAUGCCAGCUGAGCCAAAGGCCCUUGUGACAUUCGUGGAUGUAGCUGUGAAUCUCACCCAGGAGGAGUGGCAUCUUUUGGGCCCUGAUCAGAGGAAUCUCUACAGGGAUGUGAUGCUGGAGAAUUAUGGCAACAUUGUUUCACUGGGAUUUCAAGUGACUAAGCCUGAUGUGAUAUCUCAACUGGAACGAGGGGAAGAGCCAUGGGUCCUGGACACACAAGGAGCUGAAGAGAAAAAAGUCCUAAGAGGUGACUGCUUAGAUUGUGAAACCCAGACUGAGAGUGAGGAUUUGUCUCCAAAGCAAGAAAUUUCUGACGAGAUGAAUUGCCAAAAUCUGAUAUUGCAUAGACUCAGAGGACUUGUGCCUCAAGGACCCACAUUUGGAGAAGCUGUUGAAAAUGAGGACACAUUAAAGGAAAUGUGGAGAUCUCCUGCAGGGAGGAACCUAAGGACAUUCCUUUCCCAGAAGAGAGGCUUCAGGCCAGUGCCAGUGGUCCAUCAAAAACCCCUCAUAUUGGAAAGAGGUCAGGAAUGUAGUGAAUUUGGGAAAAGUCUCAGUUUGAGUAUGACUCCUGUAAGGUAUCAAAGAGUUUAUUCAGAAUGGAGACCCCAGCAAUGUGAUGAAAUGGGCCAAAUAUUUGAACAAAAUUCAGAACUAAUUACAUAUCAGAAAGAACAAACAGAAGAAAAGCCCUAUAAAGCUAAAGUAUAUUGGAAAGCAUUUACUCAGAAUUCAAACCUCAUUGAACUUCAGAGAAUUCAUACCAGAGAGGAACCCGGUGGGUAUGAUGCCAAUGAAGAAACUUUCAACCAAACAUCAAUCCUUAUCAAGAAGGAGAAAGUGCUUAAUGGGGAAAAACCCUAUGAAUUUAAUGAAUGUGGAAAUACCUUUAACACACAGUUAUCCCUUAUUCAAAACCAUAAAAUCCCCACUUUAGAGAAACCCUAUCAGUGUACAGAAUGUGGGAAAGCUUUUAGCUUGAAAGGAAACCUUAUUCGACACCAGAGACUUCACACUGGAGAGAGACCAUUUGAGUGUAAUGAAUGUGGAAGUGCUUUCAGUUUGAAGGGAAACCUUAUUCGACAUCAGAGACUUCACACAGGUGAGAAACCAUUUGAGUGUACUGAAUGUGGGAAAGCCUUCACUCGAAGCACUGCCUUUAUUCUUCAUCAAAGACUUCACACUGGCGAGAAACCCUAUGAGUGUACUGAAUGUGGGAAAGCCUUCAGCCAGGAAGGAAACCUUAUCCAGCAUAAGCGAUUUCACACUGGUGAGAAACCCUACCAGUGUAAUGAAUGUGGAAAAGCCUGUAGUGAUCGAACAUCCCUUAUUCAUCAUCAGAGAAUUCACACUGGAGAGAAACCUUAUCUGUGUAAUGAAUGUGGAAAAUGCUUCAGCCAGAGUUCAAUCCUAAUUAAACAUCAGAAAAUUCAUACAGGGGAAAAGCCCUAUGAGUGUAAUGAAUGUGGAAAGGCCUUCAUUCUAAAAUCUUGCCUUUUUAGACACCAGAGAAUUCACACUGGAGAGAAACCAUAUCAGUGUAAUGAAUGUGGAAAAGCCUGUAGUGACCGAACAUCCCUUAUUCACCACCAGAGAAUUCACACUGGAGAAAAACCUUAUGUGUGUAAUGAAUGUGGGAAAGCUUUCAGCCAGAGUUCAAGCCUCAUCACACACCAGAGAAUUCAUACUGGAGAAAAACCUUAUGAGUGUAAUCAGUGUGGAAAAACUUUUAGUGCAUCUUCCAACCUUAUUCAGCAUCAGAGAAUCCACUCUGGAGAGAAACCUUAUGAAUGCAUAAAAUGUGAGAAAACUUUUAUUUUGAAGUCUUACCUCAUUAGACACCAGAGAAUUCACUCUGGAGAUACCUUGUGAAGGAAGACACCUUUGUGGGACAGCCUUCAGUAUACAUUCUUCCAUUACUGGGCAUCAGAAAAGUCACAUUGGCAACAAAUCAUAUGGUUGUAAAA